AUGAAAUAUUUUGCUUUUGCAGCUCUCAUUGUUUUAGCCUUGUCAGGACCUGCAAUUGAACUUAAAGACUCAGACCUUGUAUGUCCUCAAGAAAUGAUUGACGAAAUCAACAGCAUCCAAGAUUCAUGGACUGCAUCUUCUGAAUGGGUUGGCCAAAUGACCGUUGCCGAAGCCAAGCUUAAAGCUUCUUCAAUCUCAAGACCUAGAGAAUUCCCAGAAAAAGAUUGGGGUGCACUAAUAAACUACUUCUCGGCUCCAGCUUCAUUCGAUUCAAGACAACAGUGGCCUGGAUGCGUUCAUCCAAUCCUUAACCAAGAGCAGUGCGGAUCCUGCUGGGCAUUUGGAGCAAGUGAAGCUCUCUCAGAUAGACUUUGCAUUGCUACUAACGGAACAGUCAAUGUCACUUUGUCCAGAUUUAAAUCUUUGUUUGGGGAUAAUUAACUUUAUCGAUUUCUCCAUCUUUUUAUAAUUAAAAGAGUUAGACUUUCAAAAAAAGGCAGGAGAAAAAAUGCACAUGAGAGCUAAUAUUAUAAAAUAAAAAUAUCCCCAUUUGUCCCCACAAUAUCUUGUAUCUUGCGAUUCUCAAAACUACGGAUGCAACGGUGGUUACGCAGACCUUGCCUGGAGAUUCAUGAAAGAUACCGGAGUUCCAACAUACUCAUGUGUUCCUUAUAUUGCAGCAGACGGAACUUGCCCUACCAAAUGCGCUGAUGGAUCUGCCCUUCAAUUCUACAAGGCUACAUCUGUAAACACAUACAGUGGCCCAUCAUCUAUCCAAGCUGCAAUUUUGGCAGGAGGCCCAGUUGAAGUUACCUUCCAAGUUUACAAAGACUUCAUGUCAUACUCUGGUGGUAUCUACAAGCACACCAAGGGAGAAUUUGUCGGAAACCACUGCGUCAAAAUCAUCGGAUGGGGAAACCAAAGUGGAACCAACUAUACUUCGGAACCACUUUCAGCUACCAUUUUCCUUAUAGCAACUCUUGGUAGCUAUUAUCAAUAUUUUAUUUCAAGCUAUAGAAAUGGCUUAUUUUGAUAGAAAAUUUUUGAAGGUAAGAGUGGCCUAGGUAAACGACAAGCGUAUUCAAAGUAUACUGGAUUGUUGCUAACUCUUGGGGAACUUCUUGGGGUCUUCAAGGAUUCUUCUGGAUUGCCUUCGGACAAUGCGGAAUUGAUAGUCAAGGUGUAGCUGGAAGCGCUUAA